GAAAGGGAUCACAUGUUUUGAGAAUUUGUUUUUAUUUUUAUUUUUUGUUUUAAUUGUUUCUCUUUAAUUGUUCAUGAGAUUAAUGAGAUUCAGGUUAAUUGUUUGAAAUGUUUCUUGGUUUGACAAUUAAAUCUCUGAGAAAUGGUUUAAGUUUCUCUUCGGGUUCUUUCACUUGUUCUACUUCAUCAUUUCUUUCACCUCGGAUAACCUCUUGUCUUUUGGUUCCAUCAACUGGUGAUACUUUUGUUCAAUCACGAAACUAUGCUGCCCGUAAAGGUACACGAAUUAAGAGAGCAAUUGAAGCUCGAAGACGGGCACUUGUCCGUAAAUCAAUGCCUAAAACAGAGAGAAAGAAAGGUUUUCAUCAUGAAAGAGCUUCGGCAAAAGUUCAAGUUGUUCGUUCUGAUCCAACUGGUUUACCUCCGCCACCAGAUGAUGUUUAUUAUUCACAAGGUUUUGUGGUUCCUAGUUACUCAUUUAAAGAAGCUCUUAAAAUGCACCGAGAAGCUCAUUCAUCGACAAUGUGGGGAGCAGAAUCGACCCUGUUACAUACACGAAUUGAACUCUACAUGAAAGCCAAAAAGAAAACCAAAUUUCAAGAAGCCUUCUCAUCAACUGUUACCUUUCCUCAUCCAUUUGAAUUAAAAAGGAGAAGUCGGAUAAUUGCAGUGGUAAAAACAGUUGAAGAACAAGAAGCCGCUAAAGCCGCUGGGGCCAUUCUAGCGGGAGGAGAUGAUAUCAUUAGGAAUAUUAAAUCAGGUCUAAUUUCCAACAUAGAUUAUGAACAUCUUGUUGUUCAUACCGAUAUGUUGAUUCCAUUGACAGCGAUUCGAGGUAUUCUUGGCAAUAAUUUUCCAAGCAAAUCGAAGGGAAAUUUCGGAAAUGAUAUUGUUUCGUUGGUUAAAAAGUUUUCCGAAGGUUAUGAUUACGAGUGUAAGAAAAAUAUUUCCCAAGACAAUUUUGGUUACAUCGAUCUACCAAUCGGUAAUUUAAAUAUGGCAGAUGAUCAAUUAGCCGCUAAUCUACUUGCUCUUCUCAAAGAUGCUGAAAGAUGUCGAGCCGCUGAAGCUCCAGGCCAAUUUCCGGAAACAGUUUGGUUAAUAUCUAAUGAAACUAGUGAACAAUUUAAAGUAAAGUUCUGGGAACUUUCUGACCAAUAUGUUGACCUUUUCAAUUCAGAUGCUUUUCCCGACCAAGUAACGGCCAUUUUGAAAACCAUUAAAUCAGAAAAUUCAUCCGCUCAAAAAGACCAGACAAAUAAAUGAAACAAUUAGACGAAAAUCAUUCAAAUCUGUAUAGUAAUUAACUAGUUGGAAUAAAUUGUUCUCACCAAAAAAAAA